AUGAGUUUUUUUAGCAAAAAAUUUAGCAGCAAAAAGAAGGCGACGACAAAAUUCUUCGUCUUCUUCGCGCUCGUCGCCUUGUGCUCGUCCGUUGCAUUCGGAGUGAGCGGCGCGCCAUCACAGAAGGCGCACCGCUACGGUUCGGAUGAUUUGACUCGCGAAGGCUUUUCGGACGCGACGAGAGCUGACAAUCGUGAGUCGCUCAGCUCUGACCUGCCUCGCGUCGAAGAUUUCGGCGGAGAGGAUUCCUCCUCCUCCUCCUCGGCGGCGACGACUGAUGGCGACGUGCACGUCGUCUCUUCGGACGAUGUCAAGGUUGUGAGAAGAGGUGCUGGGUCGAGAACGCUGAAUGAAUUCACGGAAGACGGUCACUUCAUCAGUCCGUUGUCUCCCGAAGUCAUUGGUUGGGAAGAGGAUGCCGUCGACGAAGCGUUGGCGUUUUAUUCUCCUCAAUUUUACGAGGCGUUUUAUUCGUUUUACGACUUUUACUCGUUCUACGACUUUUAUGAUUUCUACGAUCAAAAAGUCGACGCUGAGUUUAAGGAGUUUACUGGUCCAGACGGAGGCAUCUUGCAGCUUUGCGAAAUUGCGGUUUCUCCUGCGAUUGGUUCAGAUAAGGGAGGCACGAAAGUCUCCGUUAUGUUGUCCGGUCACGUCGCGCGGGACCACAACUCGUUUUACUGUAAGUUUGGCGAACAACCAGUCGAAGCCAUGAGCGCUCAGAUCAUGGAGGAAUCAGGUGUCCUCGUUAUUGUUUGCGAAGCACCGCCUAUGGAGGACGACGAGGACGUCACCUUGCGCAUUUCGUUGGAUGGAUCUUUGUAUUCCGUCAACGGCGCGCAGUUUCAUUACCACUCAAAGAUGAGCGUCGCGGAUGUCAAACCAUCCGCGCCGAAAGUUUCCGCUGAGGGCGGAACUGCCAUUCGUUUCACUUUGGGCGACUACAUGUUUGGUCCAGGUUUUGAUCCCAGCUCUGUCACGGUGCCGUCGGCGUGCUACUUUGGUUCCAUGAGAGUGGAUGGCGAGUUUGACGCCAUGAAGUCCCAGCUGACUUGCCUCGCGCCGUCUUUGAAACAAAUUACAAAGACGUCGUCGAGUGCGAACGUGGAGCUUCGAAUAUCCUUGGAUGGGCAAAUCUUUUCGGAUGAGACGGUUAUGGUCCGUUACGGCUCUGGAAAAUCGUCUUUGAGUACGAUCACGGCGCCGAAGCAAUUCAAUAAUUGGUUCGAUAUCAUGCAAUUCGACUACCUUCCGUUUCACCCGGAAUAUUGCGUGUUCUUUGAAAACGGCGAUUUUGCCUCCUUGGCUGGUAUUGCGGUUACUCCUGGCGUUAUCGAACCUCCGUUUUACUCCGGAACGUUCGAAUACUUUGUCUUGUUGACCGUAGAUGACUUACCAGACAUGAGAGUCGCGUUGACUCCAGUCGCCACUCAACCGGACGCGACCAUUCGCAUCGGUGGAUUAUACGGGAAGCAAGUGAGAUCUGGCGAUACUUUUCGAAUUGGCGUUAGACUCGGCGAGAACAAAGCGUUGAUUGUAGUUACCUCUCCAAACGGAUUGUCCACCCGCACUUACAUUGUUACGGUGUAUGUGUUGAUGGACGAAGAGGAGGGCGCUUCGCUCGGCGAUAUUCAACUCGAUCGUGGCGAGCUCGAACCCUCGUUCAUGCCGGAUGUCUUCAAAUAUUCGACGUUCUUGGAUUCUACGAAUCAUAGAAUUGGUAUUACUCCGCACUCGCUCUCUGGAAACGACGUCAAGAUUUGCAGAAUCACGACUGGUUCCUCCGAGGAGAUGAAAAGAAUGUGGGCGAGAAAACGCAUCCGCAAAAAUUUUUACGAUAACGCCUUCGCUUGUGAAACUGUAAACUCUGGAGAAAAAGGUUACAUGCGACUCGAAGAUGGAUUCAACUUGAUUCAAAUUCGUGCUAAGGAUGGCCGAAACACCGCGGUCUACGAACUCCUUGCUUACAAAGAGCCAGGAUUUGACGACGGUUUCUCUUGCGACGGAUUCGCCGAAGCUGGUCUCGUCGAUACCAUCACUCAUUCUUUGAAUGUCGAUAUUGAUUACUCGUUAUUCAGCGACCCCACGACGCAAUUUUACUCAAAUUUCUUGGCAGAUUUGAUCGACGUGUUGACGUGUAACGCGCAGUUGUACCUCGGCGAUGCGUCCGUUACUUCGGCAUCCUUCACGAUUAAUUCCGUGACGGCUGAUCGUAGCGGAUACACCGAUAUUUCGGUUACGUUCUCUGCUCCCAUCGGAGCUUUGACUUCGUCCUACAGGAGUCAAGCGCGCGAAAAUUUGCAGGUUUUCUUUUCCAAUUGCGCUUCAGUUUCCGUCAUGAAUCUUCAAGCGUACGACUGGUCGACGAAUUCCAUUUCUAUUUCUUGCGAGGAAGGAACGGUUAUUAUUCCUCUCGAUCCGUACAACGCGUUUGCGCUACCGGAUAUUCAGGUCAAGGAGGGUUCGCUCGGAUAUGCCACGGCAGAUACCCGAGAAAGCACGGCUGGUCGCUGUCAAGGCGGUCCAGAACGCUUCGGAGUCAUCCUCAAUCGCACGUCUGGAACGACGGGUUGCGGGAUGUGGGAGCGACCAGUGGGGACGAUUUUGAACAAGCCAAUUUCGAGCACUGGUUUCGCUGAAUUUUACAUGGGAGGUUCGGACACGUGUUCCGGCGAAGUCGGCUUUGACUUCGCGACGCCAAUUUACAAAGCAAUUGCGAAUCCGGCGGCUUCGAUCGAAACGUUGAUGAAGAACCCGUCGCUUUACAAAUCAGGGCCGGGGGCCACUGUUUGGUACAGACUUUCCGACGCCGAUGGUCGAAGCCAAGUCCAACUCAGUGGUUUAACUGUUUCUAUGACUUUGAACUUAAACGGCGCGACGACGAAGGGCGAAUGUGAAACUCCAAGCUCCGUAACCGGUGCCGGCGUUUGUAGAGUGGAAGCGGUUUCAGAAUGGUUUUCCACUACUAACGAGCAAGUUGGACAAGCGACAAUUUCCUAUCAAUACGAUUCGGUCACUUACGGAACGAGUCUUACCCAGCAGUUCACUUUGAAGAAACACUAUGAACACGAUGCGGUUUCUGAACCUACUAUUAUUUUGGAAGCACCAAAAUAUCCUGUUUUUGAAGGAGAAGAAAGUGUCGUUGAAGUCUUUGUCAACACUGGAGAUUACGGCUUAUACGCUGGAGAUUUCGAAAUCUUGAUCAGCGACGCUGGAAACGGAGAGCAAUGGGAUUCUACGUUUGAAUACGUUGGGUUCACGUCGAGCGGUAUUUGGCAAGCGAAGGCUAGCGAAGCCAUUCCAGGUUAUCUCAUCUCGGUUGUCUUUUUAUCUCCUUCGACAAAUGUUCUCGAAGAAGAGACGAAAGGUACGAAGUUAAAGAUCGGAGAGAUAACGCUCAGGCAAAAGAUCACGUCGUACACGAGCUCAUUCGGUACGUACGCGUGUGUUGCUGGAAGCUCCUGGUUUGACUGUGACCAAGGAUUGUUAUCAGCCACCGUUAGGCAAAUGGCAAACUGGGGCUUGCGCACUUACGUUCCAACGGGAACUGCGAGCGUCGUAAAUUCGUACUCUCGCAGUGCCCCUUCGGGUGGCUUAGAACCCGGAUUGGUGAGUUCUACGAAGCAAGUGAAGAUGUAUUCAGCGAUCGGUCAAACUGACUUGGUCAAUGCGUACCCCAUCACUUCGGAAGGUACGUCCACGAGCAUCGUGACUUACGUUGUUUGGUCUUCGCCGAGCACUUCGGAUGCCGUCCUUAAACCAAGUUCGUGCUCGAGCAGCACCGGCUCCUCAACUGCAUUCACCUUGGCCGUCAGCUCUUCGGGUUGCGACAUUACCAUCGACGAAACGCAUACCGGACACGGCAACUUUUCGAUCACCACAACGAGUGGAAGUUUGAGUUCUUCUACCUCGCUCAACGUGUACUACCCGCUUGAGUCUGAAAUUGUCGUCACCGAUGCUGUCUUGAACCCGAUCAAUUUACCAUCAAUCACAAAUACGAUUGCAACUUACAACGAAACGUCGAACACGACGUCUUAUGAAACUUCGAUUACUUAUCCGUCGUGCUCGGAGAAACUUUGGCAGUAUGCAGAUAUUAAGGCGUACGUGACAUUUGGCGGUGAUAACUUAGAAUCAAUUUACAACAACGACGUCACCUGUUACACCUCUUUUCAAGUGGAAGAUUCCGAAGAUUCCGUAGCGGAAGCAGUUUCCCUCUCAAAGACGCGAAUUACAGUGAACGAAGCGUAUGCGUCGACGAUCGAAAAAGUUCCGGAAAUUGUGGAAGUUUAUGACGAAUUGACGAAUACGACAUCUAACGAAACUAUCACCGCGUACCCAGAAGUUGGGGAUGUUAUUGUUUCGUUUGCGAGCCCGGCCAUUUCAAGCAUUUUGAACGCGACGGCAAUCGUGACCGUGAGCGCCGUGGACGAUUACGUCAACGUCACCCAGUUGCUAGGGGCUGUCGUCACUGGUACGGAACUUUUGAGCACUCCUGCCGGGGUUGCCAUUGGUGCUGAUUCGGAAGUGGCCGUGAGCGUCGAGCUCAAGCACGACUUCAAAAAUGAAUUAGAUCAAGGUCAGAUAUGGGUUUGGGCGCACUUCACGGACGGGUCAACGAGGUACAUCAGAAAAUCCGAUGGUUUGGACAUCUCUGUCGCGGUAAAUUCAACGAAUGACUUGUCAGUCGCGGAGAAUGUCAACGGUACAUCUGACUUUCAAUUAACAAUUCCAGUGAGGGCAACUUCUGUUGAUUCGCUCGUUGAUGGUUCGUUAUUGAAACCAAUUUGGACGGUCUGCGAGACCCCGUACAACGUCUCUGGAAUUAUUCCGACUUUGGUUGACCUCGCGGUUCCUAUUUCUGUCGAGUUUUCCGCAAACACGAACAGAAUCACGCGACGAGGAGACGGUGCGAGUGAACAACCUAUCGCAAUUCCCGUUGAGGCUGUACUGACCUACACUAUCAACUACGACGACGGAUCCUCCAAGAAUUUUAUUCUCGAUGAUCGUGCGAAUUUCACUAUUUCGACGGGUGAAGAUUUGGCGGAUGUGAUCAAUGGCGUCGUCGUUCCUAAAACCGAUUCUAACGGGAUCGGAACGAUCACGGUCAGCGCGUCGUUGCCUGAGUAUGCUCCGGAGCUCGGCACUGCAACAGUAUCCAUGACUUUGGUCAUUCUCACGGAUGUUGAUAUGCGCACUAAUCCUUUUCCAGCUUACUCAGGCUCAACGUCAUACGAGACGACGACGCUUCACAAAGUUGCGUGCACUGAGUACUACCAAAGUCUCGAGGCUUCCUUAUCCGCAACCUUGUCGGAUGGAUCUGUUUUCGACAUUUCUAAGUAUGGUAACUACGCUACCUCCGAUGUUUCCAUUGGUCUCGUGUACGGUGCCGACAGCACUGUUGGUGGUGCAGGUGUUGGAGCCAACUUUGCGCGCGGGAUCUCGGCGAGUACUUUUGAUAUGACGUCCAGUUUCGGAAGUGGUGAAAAGGCUUUCUUAGUUUCUCAAACGAUCACGGUCACAGAUACUCGCAUCAGCAUCGAAUCCAUUUCGCACGUAACGCAGUGGGAUUCCGGAAAUGCAUUCGUUGCCUCAUUUGGGACCUCUAAAGAAGUCCGAAUGAAGGUUGUCUUCAGCGACGGAACGAUGUUUGAAGACAUUUUGGACCAAGACAUUCCCGUUUCUGCACUCGUUGAGCUCUCCUCGAGUGCAGACGAAGUGAUCAAAGUGGUUUCUUCGUUCGUUGAAUUAAAGGCGAAUUACUACAAAGCUGUCACUUUGACUGCUUCGAGUAUUUGCUCCGCUGCUCUUAACGCGAACAACGAGCAUCCGACCGUCACGGGAACUGAUGAAGUGUAUGCGAAUCUUUUAGCGGACUUGUACGAUCUCGAUAUCGGUGCAAACACUGGAAUUCCUUUGCCGCCGAAAUCCGCGGGCGAGUUGUUUGAAGUUGCCGUCAGAAUCAAUACGGGCGAUGAAAUCCUCGUUGGUGCUCAGCUGAAAGUUAACUUUGACGACACUUACAUCAAGGCUGUGAGUGCUGUCGUAGGCAGCGACUGGCCAUCUUACUUCCAAGAGACGAUCAAUUAUCCUUCAACUUCGGCUUCGAUUCUUAUUUCUAACACUGAGUCUACCGUUACGGGUUCGGCGACUGAAGUAGCGAUAAUUACGUUCGAAGUCGUCACGGAUCAGGCUGUCGUGACUGAACUGGAAGUUGAUGUUCAGUCUUUCAUUCACAGAAAUGAGUUUGACUCGACUUCUAAAAUUCCAUUUACAUCUCCGAGAAGUGUGACCCAAAUUGCCUUGAACUCUGCGUCUCGUCGAAGAACGUUGCUUUCCAACGUCUCGCGUCGUAAAAUGCUUCAAACAGCUGAUGAUUGCGUUUCGACUGGUGUUACUGUCAAAAAGGGAACUAUUGGUGUUGAUUGCUAUCCGCGUGUUUUUGGAGACGUGAACGGCGAUUGUCUGUUCAACUUGGAUGAUGCUAUUGUAAUUGAAUAUCACUUGUUGGGCCAAACCGUGAAUGGGAUCGAUUAUAAGGAUCUCUCCAUUUUCUCCCAGUGGCAGCUCAUGCAAAUGGACGCUACGUUGAACUACCUAGAUCCAGAUUACGAUCGAGUAGCGGGCGGCUGUAAGUUGUGGAACGGUGAGGAGAACUCUACCAAAGUCUGUCCCACGGCUGUCGAUGGCUCGUACCUGAAGAAGGCAACUGGAGUUUACAAAUUCCUCGCUAUGUUUUCGACUUACGAAAUUGUGACUCCAAAAUUGAAUAACGAAUAUUCGUAUUUGACGGUGACGGCGAGGGUGUAUGACCCAAUCUUUGAUCCUUUCAAUAUUGCUGGUUUGAAUGGUGAUUCGUGCGCUUUGGGCUAUUUGCCAUCAACUUCUCGUACGGUUGUCGGUGAAUUGGAUAACAGUUUUCUUGGCGAUUACACGCAUUACGCAUAUCAGCCUGCAUAUGGCGAUGAGAGCUACGGCGACUCGUACUCCAAAGUUUUUAUCGAGUAUGGACGCACGGAUGGCCGAGUGUUCAAUAACUCUGACAUGACGAUUGUCAUGGGCGAACGCUGGGGAACACUGUAUAAUCAAACGUUGGAUGAAUCGACGGUGAAAAACAACGUGAUCACGAAAGCCUCGCAAACGAAUGUUGGGACUUAUGUUGUUCAAACGAAAGGUAACGAGGAGAACAACUACGCAUUCAACUACGAAUGGAACGAAGAUGCUCCCACUGAGAGUGUUGCUGGCGUGACGAUCAUUAUUCAAAAUUAUGCCGCAGAUGGCUCUGACCUUGGGACGCACUAUCCAUUCUAUGGCACUUCGGAAUAUCCGUACAACGUGUCUGGUUACGAGUUUGAUCCUAUCGCCCCGAUUUCGAUUCAACCCGCCGGUGAUGGUCUCUUACUCGCGGAUUUCGAAGUUUCUAUGACGACAACUGCGGACUCCCCGGGAUUACCAUCAGGGACGACCAAGCAAAAUGAGCCGAAAGGAUAUUACUCCAGAGACUUCUUUGCGUUCAACAAUAAGGCACCAGGAUCUACUGGUAGCCUGAAACUAACUGUUGGUAGCGACGACGCAUGUUCUACCGAAAGCUUAACGAAUAUUGAAGGUCAAAUAUCUGGCGAAUACACUACUGCGCGAGACAGAGCAUCUGAAAUGUCUGUCAUUCUGAAAAACCCGACAGUGGAAAUAGGCGAGCCAAUUUUUCGAUUGCGCUACCAGUUGCGCGACGCCAACGGACGUCCGCAGAUAUUGACGUCAGGAAUUUCUGUAACGUUCAAACUCACUUCCCCUGAUGGCUCUGAAGAGGUUUUAACUGCUUGCGGUUUGCCCAGUGCCGUUUCCGGUGGCGGUGACUGCGAGACCACGAUCAGCUCCGACUGGUUUCCGGCUUCAAGUUCGAGCGCGUGGAACUCCGACGUAACUUUUGACAUUGAAAUGUUGUUGAAGUAUUCAGAUGAAAUUAUUGCAACGUUUGCAUCCUCUGGCACUUUGGUGAGACCACCGUCUAACGAUGACCACCAGAUCACCAUGGUGAACAACCCACACGUUUACAUGCAAUUGAGAUACUCGCCGGUGUACGCUGGUAGAGUGGAGACUUUUGAUUUAUACGCUGCCACUGAUUCACAAGCGUUGAUUUCGUAUAUGGUUACGUUAGAGUGGAACACAACUUACUUGUCGUACAACUACUUCAGUGUGAAUUCUGAAUUAUUCAGCCCGUCUCCUAUUGUUCAAGCGGUUGGAACGAACUCAGUUCGUAUCGUAUCUGUUGGCUUGAACGUGACAAAAUCGUUCUCCGAUACAAGUGGUUCCGCCGUUUAUUUGGGGACGGUGGGAUUUAUUGUCGCGGCUGAUGCUCCCAUUGGGAAAGCUGAAAUGCCGUUGUGGGGUACCACGAAUGCCCUCGUCAACGAGGGUACUCGGGAAUACGUUGUCAAUGAAGAAAUGCAAUUUGACCACUUGUACGGAACGUCUUCGUUUGGUUCGCUUUUGGUUGGCCAAAAGACGCGCACGGGAGUGUACGCCUACAUGGAUCAAGCGGAAAUUCUCAAUACUGCCUACUUGACUGGCACGACGCAAGAUCACUUCCUUACUGUCAUGAAUGUUUGGAACGUCGGUUCCGACACUCAAGUUACCGAUAUGGUAGAUUGUGGUUCCAGCGCAUCUUUUGCGGCGCAAGCCAUCGAUUCAAUUGGUGGCUGCUCCGUUUUGAUUUUGCCAGGCUCAUCUGAUGGGUACAAAAAUAUUCAAGUUUCCGCCAGCGUCGGGGACUACUCAGCUGUGGUUCCUGUGACGGUUUGGUUUCCACUUGAUGUGGAAAUAGCUGUUGCUCAGCCAGUUUUGCACCCUAUUUCUGGUGCUUGUGCUGUCUGCAGUUUCACGGAUUGUGUCAGUCCGCUGUAUCAAACGUCCUCGAUUCGUACUCUUGUCACGUAUGGCGGUCAAUUCCUGGACCCUGUCUCCGGUGUUGAUGUCACGUGCUCCGUCGCGUACGAGUCAUCGCGGUCUGAAGUUGCCGCAGUUACUGGAGCGACUUUAACUGGUACUAAUCCAGGAUCAAGUAUUAUAACGCUUUCUAAUUCUAGAUCUUCGGCUUUCGCUGAAGUCACCAUUGAUUCGACUGAAGUAACCGUGGCAAAUUUGGAAGCUUUGCUUCCGAACUUGGCGCAAUGGUCAGCUAUUACGGCGCCGGAAGCCCAAAUCGACUACAGCGUUAAUGUGAAAGCAACUUUGGAGCAAUCUCUCACGGCUGCUGGCGAAGGUGGUCCAUUAUAUUUCAUGGCCACGUUCAGCGAUGAUACUACACAGUAUCUCACCAAGGAUAUGGGUAUUUCGGCCGGUAUUUCUACCGCUGACUGCUUCGAUAACAAUGGUGGGGUAACCAGUUGCGCUGAUUCUGUGAAAAUUGUGACUGAUGAGGACGUCAUCAACGCUUACGUUGCUCCAAAUGCAAUAAGUAUCUCGACUGAAUCUGCAAUCACAGCGCAAUGGUCCAAUAUUUGUAAUCAAGAAGUGAUUUAUUCUGGCGUUGGGAACGUAACAAUUUCUUUGUCACCAGUUGCGGCUAUCUUUGUCAAUGCAGAUACUAGAUACAUCACGGACUCUUCGUCCAGUGCGAAAGAUCCACCAGCUAGCAUUGCAACUUCCAUUCAACUUACUGUUGCUGUCAGAUACGAAGAUGGAAGCGUGGUGGACUUCACCAAUGAUGCGGACAGACCGCCAUCAUUCAGUGUUUCCAUGGGUACCGAUAUUGCCCAGGUUUCAUCUACUGGUGAAGUCACCGUUUUACCCGAUGGUCCCAAACAAGGAAUGUUUCAGAUUCUCGUGACCAUUCCAGGUUACACCGAAGCGGAGGGCGUCCGUGGCUCCGCAACCUUUUUCGCAAUUGAUAUUGCCGAUGAUGGUUUACAGACAGAACUUGCACCGUGGCCGACAUACUCUGGCGCUUCUUCGCUCGGAGAUAGCGCUGAGCUUAAAGUCAUUCAGUGCAGUGGUAAUUACACCGCCGUCUCUCUUUCUUCGAAACUCGUAUACACCGACGAUAGUUCGAUCGACAUUUCUUCUCUCGUAACCGUAAGCUCCAGUGAUUCUAGCAUUGCUUCAGUUGGACUUGUAGAUGGGACGUAUGUAGUAUACGGUAAGUCAUUAGGAACUGCUAUCAUCACUACUACUUACGCGGGCAAAACUGAUUCGGUUUCAGUGACCGUUUCGUCGGAAAUGCUGAGAGUUCAAGCCAUGGAGCUCAUCACCGGAUUUCCGGCUGAUGCGACUUUCACUGGCGUCGUCAAGACCGAAACGCAACUCUCUGCGAAAAUAACGUUCGAAGAUGGGACAAUUAUACCGGAUGUCACGGUGCGUCCGGAGUUGCUUGACACAUUGCUGCUCUGGUCAACCUCCGUAACUUCCGCGAUUGAAGUUACAAACACUGGCAGAGCAAUUUUGAGUGAUAACCAUUACGAGUCCAUCACCCUUGGCAUUACCGUGCAGUGCCCUUUCAACUCAUCCUCAAUUCUCGCGGACACAGAUGCAUCGGAAAUGGUUUAUGCCAACCUGAAACCCGAGAUUGGGGAUGUCGAUAUAGGCUUAACUUCCGGUGUACCGUUACGACCAAGCGUGUUUGGAGAUGCUGUGGUCAUUCCUAUUUCGGUCAAUACAGGUGAAGCGUCACUCGAGUCUUUUGUGAUUGAGAUUGAGACUACCGCAACUGACUUCACAGUAACAGAUUGCACUGUUUCCAACGAAUGGUCAAAGGAAAUUUUUAUUUGCAACAUUGAUACUGCGAGUGGGAAAAUUUCUCUCGUCGGUAGUGCUGUUCAAGAAGAAGUCAUCGGGGAAGAGGCUGAGAUCGCGUCAAUAACGUUGUCUACUUUGUCCACUGCGACCACCAGUCUUAUUUACACUCAAGUUUCAUCUAUUGUUCUUUCUGACGGAGCCACGUAUUCAAACGAAGCUUCGGUAGCUGGAACGACUUACGUUAAGUUGAAUGGUGCGAGACGUCGCUCUUUGCUCUCUGUUGGUGCUCCGAAAGACUGGGUGAACUCCAACGUCAAAGUACCAGCUCAGCACAUGGCAGUGGUCCCAGCGACCACCAAAUCUCCUGACGAAAAGCGAGCUUCGCACGAGUAUUUAGCAGCUGAGAAGCGCUCCAGAAGCGCGAAACGUACGCUCCUCCAAGACUUUACGUGCUCGACGAAUGUGCAAGGUGAUGUUAAUGGUGACUGUAAGUUCGACGCAAACGAUUACCUCGCUCUCAUGCGUUGGAUUGCUGGCUCGGAUGAAUACACGAAUCUUACUUCGACCUUGGGCGAUGCGGACUCCUUCCAGCGCAAACAAGUUGAUCCUACUAUGGACUGGAUGCGCGGUGAAGAUUUCGACACAUCUCGAUGUGCAGUACAUGGAGCUAGCGGAUCACCUUGCCCAGAACUUAGAGAUGCGCAGUUCUUAUUGAAGGUUCUUGAAGGGGACUACAGGUUCUUGUUCGCGACGUCCGUUGAUGAUAUCAUCGUCCUCCCUGAAUCUCCGUACGAUUCGCUUACUUUCCAGGCACAGCUCUUCGAUUACGCUGGUACUGGUGUCAGCGGAGAAUACACCAGAGUCCGCUUCGAAUUUACUUCGACUAACGAGACAUAUUUCGCGAAUGCUGCCAUGAGUUUUGCCGAGGCUGAAUCAUAUAUUUCAAGCGCAGAUGGCGAAUUACCGGUGCGCUAUGCCGUUGAAGCUCCUAUGUCUUCUGCUGGUUUGUUUUCCGUGACAGCCUCGGGCCCAAGCGGAGAAUUUGCAAAAGAAAACAUUACCGUUGCACUUGUCGUGGAGACGUGUGAAUCUAAAUGCGCUUCAAGCUCCGUCGGUUCUACGAGCGCCACGAUCUUCCCAUACACUGGUGUAUCGCUUGAUCCUCACAUGUCUGCGCUUGGGUAUACGUACACUCCGGUGCUUACGUUUGAAACCCCGGACCCCAUCGCUGGUGCGAAUGAAGACUCUUACGUUUCCGCGCUCCAACCGCAGAUUAUUUCCGAUGAUUAUCAAAUAUCUGGAGAUGGUUUUGGCAUUGGCUCGACCACCUACGCGUCAUUGGGUGCAUUCUCUCGCGAAUUCGGUAUUUUCGUUCCUGGAUCAACAACCACCACGAAAAGCGUUUCCGCCAAGCUGAUGGCUGAUCGAUGUGGAGACUCCACCCCAACUGGUUUCACUGAAGCAUCCGCUACAAUUGCAAUCUCUCGUCGUCCGGUGUCUUCUGUGAAGUUAAUUGUUCUAACGAGCACGGUGUAUCCAGAUACAGCGAAAUUGCAGGUGAGAUUUCAAUUGAUGGACGCCACGACUGCUGGCACAGUUUUGCAAACUGGAUUGUCGUUACGCCUGUCGGCAACGUUAUCGGAAGAUGCAACCUCUGUUGCCUCCAUCGGUUGCGCCUUGCCUUCGCUCACUACUGGCGUUGGAUCUUGUGAACUCGAUGUUCCGACCGCGUGGUUCCAAGCGGACGAAGUUGUUUCUAUGAAAGCGCAGCUGCUCUUCCGAUACGGUAUUGAGGAUUCCUCGACAUCGUCCAUCCUUUCCGUCCAGCUUGCGAACUCUGCGACCUAUGUUGCGCUUCCCUCGACUGGUGGUGUCAUCCUUGAGAUGCCGAAGUCCCCUCGCUUCAGCGAGAACGAACUCACAGUUCCAGUUUCAGCGAAUACGGGCGGCUUUCCGCUCGGAGCAUGGAGUGGUAGUUUGAAAUACAAUACCACAGUUCUUCGAUUUGACUCUUUCACUACUUCUACCGGAUACAACUCUGCGGCUGUUGGAUUAGAAAGAAACAGCACGGAAGGAAUCGUCUCUAUCGUUGUCGCUGGAGCUACCUCCAGCGCUACACUGGCAGAUCUCACGGGUGACGAAGUCAUUUUGGGCUACAUCACGUUUACCAUCAACAACGUACCGGUGGGAACCUACAACGACGUGGCUGCACUCAAUGUUGAUUCCUUGGUAACGAUCGGUGGCUACACAUUCUUAGAAAGCUUUGACGCGUAUGUAACGGAUGCACGAGGUGGUAGUGUCACAAACGCCCAACUUAUUGUACUCGACACCAACGAGAUUAUCGGUUCCUACAGCAUUGUUUCCAAGACUGAGAUCGUCAAUACGGCAGUUUUGGACACCACGAGGGCAAUACAAGAGACGGAAAUUGUUGGAUACGCUGUGUACAGAAACCCAGACAAUUACAUUAAAAACGGAGGCGACGAAGUUAUGCAAAGUGUUGAAUGCUCUAUAACGUCGAGUUCUGUACUUACCGUAGAAACGGGUAACUUGAAAAUUAACGGUGUGGACGGGACGCAAAACGCCUGUGUGGCCAAAAUUGGAAAAACGAACGAAGCUGGUGCUGCUGCGGCAUCUGUCAAAUUGACCUCUGGGGACGGUGCACAGUUUGUCGUUUCAUCUAUCAGAGUCUGGUUUCCGAAAGUUGUGUCUUUAGAAGCACAAGAUAAAGUAUUGGCUCCGGUCGAGAAUGUGUAUCACGAGGAUUGCAGUUCAGUGUAUCAAUACACCAACAUCUCUGCGUUGGCAACAUAUGGCGGGAGUGGUUUAACUGACCAAGAUGAAGUUGACAUCACGUGUAUGGUUGACUUGUACUUGAACAAUACAGAAGGGGAUGCGUUCUCAUUUAGGGAUGGCAGUACUACAAUCGUAGAAACCAAUGGCGUUGGUAAGGCGACAAUUACUCUGAUAAAUUCGAAUUUGGCAGUCGAGCCAUCGGUGACUAUCUCGGCAAUUUCCGACCCUAUCGGUAUCGAGUCGCUUCGACCUGUACUUGUUUCCCGAGCUGAAUUUACUUCCGAACAGUUUGAUUCGCAGACUCCUUCCGAUUUGAACGCAGAUACAUACGCUGAUGUGUCUGUGAAUAUGAUUCAAAAGUUGAAUCGUAAGGGUGCGCAAGGCGCUAUUGUUGUCUAUGCCCGCUUUAAAGAUAACAAAGUCAACGAACUUUCUCACCUGCCUGGCCUGACCGUAAGUACCGGUAUCCGAUACAACGGUUUGAGCAUUAUAAGCACGGCUGGCUCAGACAACACGGCCGCACCUUACUAUGGAGAAAUUGGAGAUGUGAAAGGCGGUAUGGAAGGCUAUGAUGUCAUCCAGGCAAAGCUGCUUACGACCACCUGUAACGGUGCCGUAGGAGGUGAAGAUAUCAUUUACGGCUACGGUGGUGUCGAAGCUGUCAUCGCUGAUCUCGAAUAUGUGAAUUUGACUGCGAGUGCAUCCAAGCUUACCUUUGAAGGUGAUCUCUCUACGAACGCUCCUAUGAAUAUCGGAAGUGUUGCUAACUUGGAACUUACUGGAACAUACUCUGACGGUGAUAUUCAGAGUUUCACAUCUUCAGCCACGUCUCAGUUUCUGAUAAAACACCCUACCGGUCUCGAUAUCUACAACAAUCCCACAUACGUAACCAAUCACUCAUAUGCUCGCGUAUCUAACGAUGGUGUGCUCACCAUAUUUGGUUCAACUGAUGACACGAGCAUCACCGUUAUGGGCAUUUGGACAGAUGAGAUGAAGACGGCGAAGGUGACGAUUGACAUAGUUAAACAUAUGAGCACGCAAACAGUGAUGACUCCGUAUCCGGCAUUCACAGGAAGCAGCGACAUUGAAAAACUGUCUUUGAACAAGAUUGUGUGCACCAGUAGUUAUCAACGAGCGAUAUUGAAGUCAGUUGCUACUUUAACGGAUGGCUCAGUUUUUGAUAUCACCAGCGAAACAUCUUACACAGCCUCUGACAUAUUCACAUUGACCCAGUCCUCCACUUCUUCGGAGGUGAUAAUUGCUGCUGCUGGAUCCACUACUGGAAAUGCAGCUAUUAGUAGCACUUUUGCCGAGUCUACCAUUGAGACGACUUUUGCGCUUUCGGAUACACCAGUAACGCUGACCUCUGUCCUCUUUGAUGAAGAUAUUUGGGACGCGUCUACUUCUUUCAUCGGCCUGGUAGACGCAACAAAAUCUUUAGAUGUACACAUGUACUUCAAUGAUGGAUCUCAGAUUUCCAACGCGGUGUCUUCGGAAGAAGUGCAAGCAGUCUUCAACUGGGAAGAAGUAGUCAAAUUCGACUCUACUUUGCCCUCUAUCAUUGAAGUCAGUGGAAGCACGGCGACUUUGAAGAACCAGUAUUGGACUCGAGUUCUCAUUUCUGCUUCUGCUGUUUGCGCUGAUGGCAGUGUCGAUUACCUCGUAUCGGCAACUUCUUCGAUUGCCCCGAAUCUCUUGCCAGCUGAGAAUGACGUUUCCUUGGGUGCGUUGACAGGCAUUCCGUUUCCUCCGAAGAUUAAAGACGAAACGUUCGACAUUGAAGUUCGAAUCAAUUCGGGAUCUGCGAAUCUUCGAAGUUUCCAACUCGUUACCCAGUUUGAUUCAAAUAUGAUCGCAGCGACUGGUUGCACGGUAGGAGACGACUGGGCUCAAUACGAUUUUGCCUGUACCAGGAAUAACCCGUCCACUGAAGUGCUCAUGAUUGGUACCGAGCCGCUUUCUACCGUAAGUGGUUCCUCCAUUCACGUCGCUACGAUUUCGUUCUCUGUGAAAACUUCCUUCAAGAUUUUGGCUAAAAUCAAAACCACAGUCCAGGUCUUGACUGUUGAGGGUACCGAUGGUGCCGACAUAACAGCAGCUGCCUUCGUUUCUAACAUGACUGGUUCAGGUGAUAUCGCUCUUAACAGCUACUCUGGAAAGAAACGUCGUCGUCAAUUGCUCGAGGAUGGCUCUAUCUCCGAAGUUUUGGAGGUGGAAAUUGCCGUACUUCCUUCCCACAUGAGAUCACUCCUCCAAGAUACUGAUACCGAAGCAGUUUGUAAUGGAGUCGGGACGUGCGCAAGUGGUGUUGAUAGUGGAUGUAAGUUUGGGGACGUCAACGGAGAUUGUUCUUUCGAUGUUUCCGACGUUUUAGCUCUUAAAAGAGCCAUCAUGGGCAAGAGCUAUGAUGCUGACUUCGAUCUGAGCGUUUAUAGCGAUUGGCAGAGACAGCAAAUGGACCCGAAUCUUGACUGGUUGAAGUCUGGAGCUUACGUAUCGCCAGACGCAGCAGAUUCUCUGUACUUGCUUCACGCCUUGUCCAAAAAAGCUCGAUUCAUCGAUGUCACGAAUGGAUUAACAAGCUAUAAAGGGUUCUUGACAUAUGAGCCCGGAAAUGCCACGGAUGUACUCCUAGACAUGGAAGUGAGAGUUUAUGACGAAAGCUCUGAAGCUGCAACGUCUGAUGAUACAAAGGUACGAAUCGAACUCAGUUUCGAUGGUGGGUCCGAUCCAAGUAACAACGAUGCCAUCACCUCCAUUGGUACUAGAACUUCCGAUUAUUCCUCAAUCGGUACAAUCUACGAGGCCAGUGACUUGUGGACUGCAGCAACAGAUCAAAGAGGUGUAUUCAGACUCGUUUUGAAACCUCCUAUUUUCAGAGAUGGUUCGGCAAACUGGAUUGGUGAAACCGAUGUCGGUAUUUCUAUCAUUAUCGAUACCUACAAUGACUUUGGUAAGGAUGAUGAAUAUGGACAAGGAGGCAGUGGAUCCACGGAAGAAGCUGAGAGAAUUAAAGUGUUCUAUGGGUCUGCCACGCCACCGCUUAAUGUUACUUUCGGCGGCGGUUUUAUUCCAUAUGUCAGCUUUGAUUUGCUUGGUGUUGACCCGGUGCAAUCCAUUUCUCUGAAAGAUAUCACUAUUGGUGGAGGAGAAUUCGGCCUUGUUUCCUCAUUGGAUGAGACUGCGUCUGGAUUUUCUACUUCGGUCCCCAGCUACAACGUUUACGUCAAUGCUGACACUUCCACCGUACAAUUGCUCACGUUCAUUGACGAUUCCUUGAGUUGCACAGCAGAGCAAAUUGCCAGCGGUGAUACCGACAAUUGCUUUACGACUCAAUCGGUCACUAUCGAUGGAUCCGAAGCGUCUACGUGCAGUUUGCUGACGUGCUCUUACUUUUCGGAAAUUUCACUCAACGUUGGCUCCAAGACUGUUCGAGUUACGGUAUAUUCAGCCACAUCGGAAACGUUUUACUUGGUAACUUUCAUUCGCCCAGAUGUGCCUACAUUUUCGAGCGUCACUCUGUCGAAGGGGCAAAAUCAGCUGAAUUUCUCUCCGAAAACGUUUACGUAUUACCUCGAAUACUCGUACGAUAAUAAUGGCGAAGGUCUCACUUUUAAACCAAUUGUGAAUGGAGACACCACCGGGAGUGCAAUCACAUUUGUUUCCUCCGGCGGGUACGAAUCUACUGCUUCUUUCUUGAGCGGAUCCUCUCAAGGUAUCGAGCUCUCAACUACAGAUACGAUUGUGGUUAUGACGGUUACAUCUUUAGAUGAGACUGUAAAGAGCACGUAUACAUUCUACGUGGACGUGAAGGAAUCACCAUUCUUGUCUUCUCUUGAUGUUAUCGGCGAACAAAUGGUUCCUGCGUUUACGGCAAGUUCUUACACGUACGCUGUAAACGUGUUAGCCACAGUCUCUUCUAUUACUCUGUCUUCCAUUGUUUCUUCAGAUGUGCCGCAUGUUUCCCUCACGGUUGCGGCGCCUGAUGGAACUAAGUCAAUAACGAGUGAAUCUUCACUAACGACUCCAGUUGCGUUAGAUUACGGCGUCAAUGCUUUGCUCGUAACUGUUUCUGGCGCGGAGGGCACGACUGUAUAUUCCAUUUCAAUUACUCGAGCAGACGCUUCAUCGGUCACCGCACUUGAAAUUGGCAACUAUAAAUGGGAGUCAGAUCCCACCACCUCGGACGGCAGUCCAUCAGAAAGUCCCUCAUUCACCGAUCCGACUGCAUUCUCGAGCAAUACAUAUAUGUAUAAUGUGGAUGUGCCGCAAUACGUGUACGAGACUUUGAUCACAAUCACGCCGUCUUCAUCUUCCGUCCUGUUUGUUGAUGGAGUUGAGGUAACGUGUGAUCAAGCCGAUGUGAGUUGUUCUACUUCUGGUGCAUACGCGUUACCACUACGAAUCGACGAAGGUUUGAGCACGCACACGGUGACUGUUGUUCCUACGGAUGGUUCCGGCCUCUCCUCUAUUACUCUGCAGUCAGUUGCUGAGGGUCAAAACGUGGAUGGCGGUUCGACGUACACGUUCACAUUUACGAGGCCAUAUACUCCGAAACUCACGAGUAUCGCUGUCGUGGACUCGAGUGACGCAGCGAUUUUACUUUCGCCCUCGUUUUCAACAUCCGUUUACGUCUACCGGUCUACAGUCGCUGCGACAAAAUCUGAAUUAGACAUCUCUGUGGCAUUCCUUAAAACUGGCGAUGUUCCAGUCUCUGAUGCUUUCGUACAAUAUGGUAGUCUCUCACGUAUUGCUUUCCCAGAAAGUGGGCGUUUGACUGUGCCAGUUGCGGAAGGCACGACGACUGCAAUUACGAUAACUGUGCAAGGAAGUCUUGCAAUAGGUGGAGUCGAGUCUAUUUACAUGUACUAUGUUACACGUGGCACGUUGCCAAAGUUAGACUCUUUGACCUUUUUCUCAUCUUCUGUUACGCCAACCUUCUCAACGUCUCGUUACAAUUACGUGGCUGCCUUGGGGAGCGCAGAGAACAGCUUCACUUACACCGUAUCUAAAAGCAGUACCAGCUCUACGUGUCUAGUCAGUUUGAGUCAAGACUUCUCAACGUGCUUGACAAGUGGAGAAAACAAAACACACGACACUACGGGUGUUACGGAAGAUAUCGGAGCACUGAAAAUUUAUGUGAGGGAUUUGAGUAACUUGAACGUCGUGAACGUUUACACAGUUACCUUUACAAAAGAGGCACUCCCAACUUUGAAUACUCUCAGUAUUUCAGGCUCGACGGGUGCUAAACUGGACCCUUCUUUUGCUGCCACGACGUACGCAUACGACAUGCCAGUUCCGUUUGAUUCCUCAUCCGUUUGCUUCACCAUGUCAUUCGAUACUGUGAGUUACAGUUCAAGCAUUCAAAUGGGUGGAGGUGCGCCACUCGCGGUUGCUACCAAUGUCGCAUCUUGCGUCGAAAUUCCGUUUGGCAAGAUUGAUAUCACCAUUGCAGUAACGUCGAGAACAACUGGAUUUUCCGGUUCUUACAUUAUCUCAUCGUCUCGUAAAGUUGCGCCAUAUCUUACAUCUCUCAGUCUCACUCCGAGUGGAUUCACGCCAUCGUUUGAUGCAACCGUGAACACGUACUCUGCCACGGUUGGGUACGACACGACUGAACUCGAUAUUAGAGCGGCCGCUAACUUGGUUGCCAAGGAAGGGUCCGUUGUGUAUGUAUCCUUAGGAGCUGGCGCAAGAACUUUGUUGGAUUCAUCCGAGAGUUACAAAGUUUAUCCUGACGUUGGUGAUCAGAACUAUGUGGCAGUCUCCGUGGAAUACACAGAUGAAGAAGAUGGUGUCACCGUCAUCAACACGUACACAAUACAGGUAACCCGAAGUCCUCAGAGUUCUGAGGACAUUGCCAUCUUGUCUUCUAUUAAUGCGUACGAUAUCAACGGUACGGUAAAUGUUGGAGGUGUCGAUUUUACUGGUAGUGCUGUGACCGAACCACUUUCGUUUGACGCUUCUGUUCUCGCGUACACCAGAAGCAUCCAACAUGGCGCCGACGCCGCCACAGUUGAGUGGGAAUUGUACCCAGGAACGUAUGUCCGAAUCAACGAUGUUGUUAAAACAAAUGAUGCGGGUGAUGCCAUCCAUGGAACGGAUACGAGUUAUACCGUGUAUGACCUAGUUCCUGGAACCCCCGUUACGGUCAGCUUAACAAUUCUUCCCAGUAGUACGAAGGAUACUCCGGAUGCGACGUGCACGGACUCUCUCUGCACCACGUACACCGUAACACUUACGAGAAUGACUGCAGGAGAUAUGGCGCAAUAUUACUCGCUUGAACCGAGUACGCAGCGUUCUACGUCCGUGUUCAAAGCAUCGUCAACUGACAAAGUUGGCUACACUAUCGAGCUCGACACCGAGGGUUUCAUGGCCAAUUCUAACACGGGAUUAAAGAACAUCGGAACGGUGUCUUCUACCUUGAAAACGCAUUACUUCACCUCAAAAGUAAGCCAGUACUCGGGAAGUAGUGUUACGUGGUCGCCUACAAUCAUCGGAACAGAUGUUCCAACUGUAGAAAUCAACAAUGUCUUAGUCAUUGGCACGGAUAUUACAGCAUCAACAGCUGACUCUGCUUCGGCUGCGGUUUACGAUGAUAAUGCAUAUUUUACAGUAGAUAGGAAAAUUGCCACUCGCUUUAAAGUGGAGGCUUACUUCAUGAGCUUGUACGACGAUGAGAAUGAAGAAACCUUCGCUCUGCAAUAUUGGCCGACAGUGGGUAAGAUGCUCGCUUAUGAAGGUUAUUUCGUUCAGGCGGGUACUGGGGCGCCGUACGAUUCUACUACGGUUGUUCAAGCAAACCUCAUCCCCGAUUACGAAGAGUUCACGGUCAUUCCGGGUACGAUGUCUGUCGCGCAUACAAUUUGGGACUUGCAGUAUUCCGAUACUUCUUCUACUACGGACAACAAAGGAACUGGCCAGUCCAGUUUUGAGUUGACUCCGUACGAUAGCGUUCUCCCAAACAAAAUUUCGUCGAAAUCUUCGGGAUUAGUCUACGGAGAAGACAAAGAUUUCGUUGCUCGGGUUUGCAAAGUCUCGAGCAGAACUGUAGCAGCGGCUGAUCCAGCUGGGUGCGGAUCUAGCGCUGUGCCUGCGAGCGCCGUGCACAAUGCUGACGGUACGUACACGAUUUCUUACGAUGCAUCUGAUGCAGGCUUCUACAUUGCCAUGGUGGUGUUCAAGAACGAUGCGGGAAGCUUUGUGUUUGGUGGUCAAUUGGCCUCAGGCGCAAUGAUCACUUCAUUUGAAGUUUCUGAAACCGUCAUCAGUCCAGAGAACUCGUAUAUGUACGGCGUCUGUGAUGAAGGAUCGGCGACGGAACCCUUGAAUUCAAACGCCGUUGAUUGUGUGGAAAGAGAUUCUGCAACGGGUGGCGGCAAGGAGAGCUUCACGCAAACUGGGACCGUCACUUACACAGUUGUCACACGAGGCUGGAAUUCUGGAGAUUCUCAAACACUUGAUAACUUGAUCGAUCUCUCUAAUGGUGGCCAAAGUUUGUUUGUCUCGUAUCUUUGCAAAUUUGGUACCGCCGCUGAUUACACGAGCUGCGUCUUCCCUGCUGGUCAUGAGAAUGCGGGCCAAGCUAUUGUUGAGAACGCGGGCCUGUCUGCUCAGCCCUGGAAAGACAAUUUUGAUGGCACGUAUUCAAUUUCACUCUUGAUUAAGGCUCCGGUAUUGAUUGAGUUAGAUGUAAAAAUUGGAAGUGAUGAAUAUGGUGAAGCUAUUUCUCAAUUCGUUGAUAAUAAACUUGUCAUCGACGUGAGACAUGGUCCGAUUUCCGAGGAGUCUGUCGCGGUAGACUUCCCGACAUCCUUGAUUGCGGGCGAGGAGGAAGAGUUCACGCUUGAUCCUUUGGAUUCUCAAGGGAACCAAGCCACAAAUAAGGAGGAAGUUCCGAGUGCAAGUGGUAUUGUGUUCACGAGUACGCCUGCGUCGUCUUCAUUUACUGACAGCAUCGUCAUUACUCCCUUGGAUACGCAAGAACCGUAUGACAUUAAAAUUAAGUUCACAGCUCCACAAGUUGCUGGUUCGUACACCUUCAAGAUUUACGUCAAUACGAAUGAGCUUGCGGUUUCCAAGACAAUUGUUGUAAAAGCGAGCACAUACAUUGCUACCUCGUCAACUACGGUGGAUUACGGCACUAGACGUGUUGGAACUCAAAAAAUAAUAGUAUCCAUAAAAGAUAUCUAUUCGAAUCCGACGUGUGUUACGCGCGAUAACUUCAAUUGGGCGUGGGGUGUCACCGGUGGUGAGUUAUCAGAACCAGGUACCUUCACAUCGUGUAUCUCUGCUGGUAAGCAUCUUGUUUCGAUUCCGUCAGUGAAUACAGUUGGAACAUAUACGUUCACUGCGAAGAUAAGUAACCUAUUGAAUGUGGAUACAGACCAACCAUUCGAUCGUGAAACUCUCAGUACAUCUACCAGUAUCAACGUGGUUUCUGAUGUACCAAGUACUAAGUCUACGAUGACCACGCCGAGUGAAUACAUCGAAGUUGGUCAACCUGCUUACUUUUAUGUCAUUGCUAUCGACCGUCUUGGAAAUAGCAUUGCUGUUUCUGGACAAUCCUCUGCAUUUUCUGUCACUGUGACUGGGAGCAUCUCCGGAACUAGAGCUGCAGAAGUUUCGAAUUCUCUUUCUGAUAGAACAGGGUCGGUUGGUUCAUACUAUGGAUCAUUUACUCCCCUGUACGCUGAAACAUACACACUUACAGUCUCAGUAGACGGGUACCCGCUUGAUCAAGGAUCGUCUACCCACAUUGCCUCUGUGUUCCUCACGAACGAGGCAGAUUACUUCAAGGUAACCGGUGCACCAGUUUCUGGCGUUGUUGGAUCGAGUUUGACGUUCAUCAUAAAUCAAUGGAACCUGGAAUAUAAUUUGGAUAUGAACACGAUUUCCACGACGUUUCUCUCGAAACUUUCUCGACCUCAAAGUCAAGUAUCAUUGACUUUAUCACCACUAGGAACCGGUGCAGGAGACGCGGAUAUGAAUCGCCGUCUUUAUGUGGACAAAUUGUACACAACGAAGUCUGGGACUUACACACUUUCAGUAUCUAAAGCUGAUGCGGACACGCCUUCGGUCUAUCAUGCGGUGAAGGACUCGCCUGUUUCUUUCACUUUAGCUGCCGCGAAGGCAAGUGGAAGUGUGUCUACUAUUACCAAGCCUUCAACUCCAGCAGGUGGGUACGCGCCCGGAGCUACGUUAUCGUUACCGUUGAGUUUGAAAGAUUCAUAUGGAAACGCCAUCACCACGGCUCGAUUUUCGGAUGACGUAAUUGUCCAGAUCAAGUCGAAAAACACCGCGAGAAUCCAAACUUUGACUAUUAAGGCCGACAGUACCGGAACUGGAUUAGUCGCCGAAGGUGUACUUAAGUUCGCAUCCGAUCAAUACUCUGUCUUGGCCUAUGCCAGUGGAGUAGCAUUGACGAUGGUGAACCCAGAGAUUAUCAUUACGACGAAUAAUGUGGUUGCGCCGGCCUUGGUCGACGGAACUGCUUCAUUUGCUGCUUCGGCUGGUUUACCUGCACAAGGAAGCUCUGCUGCUUUUGUUGCUGGUACGGAAUAUUCGCUGUACAUCUUUCCCGCUGAUGUAUAUGGAAACGUUGCGGUAAGUGACGUGCUAAUGGUUGUCGUGCUUCGGGCGAACAACAUUGUCCUUUCGCAGGGUGUUUGGAAUACAAAUACGGGCGGUUAUAAGGUUUCAUACACUUUCACAACGGCAGGUACAACACCGGUGACAGUUUCUGUGACACCGGCUGGAGCCACUGCGGCCACGGUCAGAAGCUUCACUGCUGUCGUGAGUCCUGGUGCCGUCGUUGGUAGCACGACGAAGCUCAUUUCUAUCACGAAUGCAACGUCUGUGACUCGUGGAACAUGGGUUGUGCGUUUGUACGAUAGAUAUGGAAACGCCCUGACUUCUUCCCCAGCUGGAUCUGUGGAUGUCAAGGCUGAAAUGAUUUUGCAGUCAACUACGAAAUCGAGUACCUUGUUUGGCUCUUUACCAGUAGUUUCUAACAGCGCUGAUGCCAUUUCAAUUACUCUCGGUUCAGACGGCACUCAAAUUGGUUUGGUGACUCUUCAGUAUUUAGGAACAAUCACGGGAACGUACACUUUAAAAUUGUAUGUUGACGGUGUUGCUGCUACCGACGUUUCAAGCUAUAAAGCAUACAUCACCUCUGGACCUAUCGUAGCUACGACUUCUACGGCCUCGGGUACGGGGUGGAACUCUGCCAAAGCUGGAGUGAAGUCCAGUUUUGUCGUUGUUCCACGAGAUAAGUACUCGAACAGAGUCUACACGAGUCCUGCGAGUGCCUCUUCUUCGUUAGUGGUAUCGCGUGGCCUCGGUGUUACGAAAGAUCUUGUUACGGAGACUGCACCAUCCUUUGUCUUUGAUACAGCACUCGGUCAGUACAACGUUUCGUACACUCCUUCAGUGGCUGGUACCUCUAGUCUCUCGUUCAAGAUAAAUGGUGCAAACAUCGCAGAUUCUCCUCGAGUUUUCACUGUUACUGCUGGAGCCGCUUCUGCUUCCAAGUCCUUCCUUAGUGGCGCGGGUGUCCGAGGAACUCUGUUUGGAGCUGCGUCAGAAGUUGUCAUUCAAGCUGUGGAUUCCUUUGGCAACUUAAAAACGUCGGGUGGAGAUACUUUCCGGGCGAGUUUGAACCAGACAGGCUCUACGACAACUGUAACUGAUAACAGUGAUGGUACUUACACCAUCACGUACACGCCUGUGGCUGCCGGAGCAGCAUUGCUCAAGAUUGAGUACGGCACUGGUUUUGUUCAAAUUGGAUGCGAUUUCAUCACCAUUCCUUCAUCAGGUUGUUUGUUGGAUAUCAAAACUGCCGAUUCUGUUCAGACUUUGGAUCCAUUGCAGACUACCUACAAAGCUGCAUAUUUGUCCACCAGUGAUGGUGAUCUUACGCUUGGCUUCGCAUCUGUAGCAAGCACGGGAAAACCCUCAGGUUCUUUCCGUAUCUUGACAUUUGAUCAAGAUGGAGUCCAAAUGGGCAGAAAUGAUGUCACCAUCCAGUUAUCAAUUGGUGGAACCGUACUCUCUGGAUCUGAUAUCGCCAUCACAGCAGUGGAAGGUACAACGGGUGAGUUCCGAAUCGACUACUACUACAGUACGGCAGGAACGUGGCCGAUAUCUAUCACGGCGAACGGCGUCGAAAUUGGCGCUCGCUUACGUGAGAUUGCUUUCGAUGAGGCUGGUGCUAGCACUGAUCUUGUUGCCGAGUUUGGAGGAUAUUCUAAUCUCGUCAUCCGACCAGAUUUCACUACAGCUUCCAGCGUUGAUGUUGUUAUUGCAUCUGGUGUUCAAGGAACGAACCCGAUUGUUGCUACCGCAGGAUUUCCCGUUGAGUUUGCGAUUUCGGCGAAAGAUUCAUACGGCAACGUGCAAUACUAUUCCUCGGAUUACCCCGGGGAUGUGUUCACAGUCACGGCUACCGCGUCACAAGCGGAAACUUUGAAUGCUGAAUUUACUUCGUUGGCAUGCUUCCCGUCAUCAUCAUUCUUUCCGGACUGCAGAAUUCCUUCAAACUACGUGGAGGCGUUUCCUGAUGGAUCGGUGUCUGCUGAAGCUUCGUUGACUUUCUCCAACACCGCUGCAUACACCAUCUCUGUCAGCUUGCAACCGAGAUUUGCUAUGGGUAUCUCAACAACCGAAGGAUCGGCACCGGUCUCUGAUGCGGUUCAAGUCAAACAAUUCAAGGUCACAGUUGUUCCUGGCGUUGUGAAUGCGGCAAACUCUCUCAUGAAUGGGGACGGUCUGUCUGGUUCUAUCGCGGACGAACGAAAAUCUGUGCUCAUCUCAGCCUAUGAUGCCGGCUCUAAUGCUCUCUAUAAAUUGUCAGAAGACGAGAGAGAAGAUGCGUUGACUUCCUGCCGCAUUGAUUUUGUUGGAACUUCGGAAGGCAACAUGGGAGAAAAAUUUUCCUCAAGCUCGGAGAACUGCUUUGCACUCGAUGGUUGCUUUGGUCUCACGACUGACCAGUGCUUGUUCGAAGUAUUUUACAACAUAACUUACCUCACGGGGACGUUUGACAUGUCUGUAAGACUUUGCGCGAGUGGCUCACCGGAUGAUUUGGAGGUCAACCCUGACGGAUGUCUUGUCUCUGGAGAGUCCGUUUCCAUCACAGUUACUGCGGGUUCACCGAAUUCCAAAACUUCGGGAUUACUCGCGACACCUCCAAGUACUGUCACUGCAAUGGAAAGUGGAACGUUAAAAUUUGUUGCCCGGGAUGAAUUCAAUAACGAAAUCACAAUUGGUGGAGACGGAAAUCCGCUCGUUGUUUCUGCAAUUCAAACGAAACCAACAGCUGGGUCGCUCCUCACCAAUGUCGCUACCUUGUCUGAUAAUGAAGAUGGCACUUACAACAUUGUGUACACGUUGCCAACUGGCGGAAAUGGUGUUGAAUAUCAGUUCAACAUCACUUACGACGGUGAUCACAUUAUCGGUUCUCCGUACACGAUGUCGGUUGCUUCUCCAAAUAUCUCGCCAAUGUACUCGUUCGCGUACGGUGAAGCUUUGAGUGAUGCUACGAUGACUGCCAGGGCUGGCGAAGUUACUUCGUUCACCAUUCAGCCUGUCGAUGCGUCAGGCAACACGAUCACGAAGAUGCCUGAUACGAACAAAUUUAAAGUAGUGUCAAGAAAUCUCGAACUUUCGGCCGGUGGUGGACAAGAGCCAUCUUUCACUACGAACCCGGAUGGUUCAAUCAAGGUUUCUUUUACAGCCGUAGUGACCUCCCCGGCGCAGUUGACAAUUUCUGCAAUUCGACCAGUUGACGGCGUGAGCACAGAAACUGUCAUAGAUUCACCCGCCAACGGUAUUAUUUACGUGAAUGUCGAUCCUGGGGUUGCCGUAGCUUCAAGUUCGUACACAAGAAAUGACCGAACAGUUCCAUUGACGCAGGUAGCCGUUGCUGGUUCGGAACACAACUAUCAGAUUAUUACUGCGGAUAAGUACUCGAACCAAUUGACGUAUGAUCCGUAUGGUACGCCGACGAAUCUUACAUUCGCGGCUCCGAACAAAUACGGGCCUGAAGGCUACAAGUACGUAAGCGGGCCAGCUCCUGCUAAGUAUGGCUACGCUCAAGAAAUUGGUGCAUCUGAACCAGGAAACUGGCGAGUGCGCUGGUCUGCGGAAACGACUGGAACUUAUGCUCUCCGAGCAUACAUAUCAGAUGGGCUAGUCCUGGACGGCCCUGGUGGGUCUCAGUUACCAUUGAACAUGGAAGUCAUCGCAUCUGAUGCGGAUUAUUCGAAAUUUACCCUCACUGGUGCUGGUAUUACGGCUUCUGCAACAGUCAACAGUAAGGCUACGUUGACUUUGGAGGCGAGAGAUGUGUAUGGAAACUUCAAGAAGGACCGCGGUAAUCUCGUGAAUGACAUCAUCGAUGGUAUUUCACAAACGAUUUACUCUGAUGAUGCCUUAUUAAUGGAAGAAUCGACCAUCCAGGAACACUCUGUGACUUUUGACAGUGCUACUGGGAAAUACACCAUCGAAUACACCCCAUCUGUUAUUGGUUACAUGGAAACGGCCCUCAAUAUUCGCGGCGUGGAUAUUGCCAAUUCGCCAUUCCAGCAGGAGAUUGUUGCUGAUGCUAUUAGCGCGAGCUACACGCGCGCUUCUGGACCUGGUAUUGUUGGAGGCUCUCUCGGCAUCCAAACUUACAUUGCCAUAGAUCCUCGUGAUGCCUCAGAUUUUCUCGUCACGGCAGGUACAAGUGCCUCUUCGUUUGAAGUGACUGUUACCACGACUGCGGGAUCGAUUAUUCAAAGCGGUCCAACAUGGGACGAAUCUUCCCGAGUUUAUCGAUUUGAGUAUAUGAUUGAGGGUAGCACAGACGCUACGGUCACGGUCGAUAUUGCUUACGAUAGUGAGGCUAUUGCAGGCUCUCCGUUCUCGAACAUACCAAUCUCCUCUUCCGUAAGCACGGAUGUGGAUGAGAAAAGGUGCGUUAUCUCAGGUCCUGGAAUAACAUAUGGAGUUGCGGGUGAAUUGACUGCCAUCGCCAUCACGCUUUACGACAGCGAUGGUAUAUUGGCGGUACCAUCCGCAGCACCUUCUCUGGUGCUUACUGUCUUCAAUGGGAACAACGAAAAUUUCGUUGAGUACACAGAUUUUCAAUUAUUUGAUUCAUCGGUGCUUUCUGGUUUGGGCCUCGAUCCAAGUGCGUUUGGCUACGUCAACGAAGAUGCGGGUGGCACAUACUUUGUUACUUUUACUAAGACUAGUGUAGCUGAAGCACCGUACAAAUUGACGGUCGCUGUCAAUGGUUUAGUCACCGGUUCUGUCGAAUACGAGAAUCCUGGGGAGUUCACGUUCGAACUCGUUUCUAGCGUCACGUCUAGUUCAACUUCUUAUGUUCAGCUCGGGAACACGGAUGGAAGCAUCGUUGCAGGUGAUAGCGUACCUGUUUACAUUUACCCAAGAGAUGCGUAUUACAACGGCCAGGAUUACAAGAAUUUAGCGAAUAAAGAAGAAACGUUCUCUAUCGCCCUCACCGGUCCUGCUGCUUACACCGUCACUUACACUGGUUCGGCGAGUGAUGGUACGAUGAAGUUGGUCAAGGAUACCGAAAAUGACUCGUACUAUUAUUACGGUUUCAUCAAACCUGUCAAGGCUGGUGUGUAUAGAGGCACUGCGCAACUCGUUCAGAAUGGUGUGACAUCGAGUGUUCUUACCCUCGCUCAAGCUGCUCUUUCUCUUGAUGUCAGUGCUGGUGCCCUUGAUAUUUCUAACUCAGUGGUAGGUGGACAAGGUGUGUUCUCAAGUAAGGUUUUGGCGAAGGGUGCUGUUAAAGUACAAUUUCGCGACUCUGUUUCGAACCUUUUGACGGACGAUAUCGUUCAGUCCUCGCUCAGUGCAGUGAAAUUCAACUUGAUGAGGCGCGAUGUAAAUGAAGCAGCGUUUGCAAGUGAUAUUGAACUCGUGUAUGUUAGUGCUCAAUCUGCUUUUGUUGGUGAGUAUAUUUCUACUGUCGCGGGUACACUUGACAUGCAAGUUAGUGCGUGUGAUUCCUCAGACCCACCUGUAUGUGAAGAAGUUCCCAUCUCUGGAUACACUGGUACAGUUAUAUCCCCUGGUAGUUUCGUCUCUGCUAUGGCUGAGGUCGUCGGCGCUGAUAGUACCUCCGAAUUCAAAGUCGCUGAAGACUCGCUCGUGUAUGUCUUUGGGCGCGACUCUCAAGGAAACACUUUGAGCACCGGUGGUGAAAUUCUGAGCGCUAAAUUAGUCCCCACGCUAACCACCGGUCAAAGCGAACUUCGCAUCUCUCCAUCUAACAUCGUCGAUAAUGGCGAUGGAAUGUACACUAUAACAGUACAACCAAAGCAAUCUGGUGAUUUCAAAUUGUUGAUCACAAGAUCUGGAGCAGUUGUCGGUACAACAGAUGAGACGGGCUUCCUUAUCACUGUUGAGCCAGGAGUUGCUUCUACUGCGUCAACAGUCUCAGGAACUGGAUUCGGAUUACAGUCGACUGGCUACAUCGUUGCCGGUAACGAAGCCAAACUUACCCUGAUUGCAAGAGACGCCAUUGGGAAUGCCAUUGUGUCAAGCGCAGAUGAGUUCACGUAUGAAAUUUCUGCAGGUGGCUCGGUAGUUGAUUUCGGUCAGUUUGCGUACGUUGAAGAGUCUGACGGCACAUACGAAGCUACUUACACAAUUGAAAAGUCUGGCGACUUGAUCGUCGAAGUUAAGUUGCGCGGCGAAUCUCUCCUUUCUGUACCAUCUGGCGGUAAGGUGCUUCAUUCGUCUGUAUCUUUGAAGGACUGUUUGCUGUACGGAGAUGCUUUGACUGCCGGAGUGGAGGCGGGUGUCCUCUCAACUCUGUCUUUAAUCGCGAAGGAUCAGUACGGAAAUGUUGUAACUGACUUGCAAAACAGCGGUUUGUUCGAACUUAAAGUUGAUACACUCAAUAAUCCUGGCUUCUUGCCGUUCGAAAUCUCGGAUGCCUCGAUUGGCUUGUUAACGGUUGACUUUACUCUCCCCUCUGUUGACGUUGCGCCAGGUUUAGUGACUGUCGUAUACGACAACGACUUGGCAUUGAAUCUGUACAAAAACUACGACACGAAAGAACAAUUCUCCAUUCAAGUUUAUGUCGGACAGCCGUCCGCUUCUACUACUACACUUGUUGGAAUUUCACCCACGAUUCCGUUUCAAACGGACGUGGCUUCGACAGUUGAAUUGUACGUUCGUGACGCUAAUGGCAAUGUGAUCGGCGAAAGUGAUGAGCUAACUGCAGUUCUUGAUUCUUUGGCCCUGAACGUCUUCACAGUCCGAGGUCAAACUUACGCAGUUGACAUCACUUUCACGUCAAGUAACGCCGUGAAUGGUGAUUACAUCACUAUCCUGAACUUCUCACCUCCUGCUGCGGGUUCAUUGCGUCUCUCUCUUUACAUUGAUGGUUCUGAGGUGAUUGACCCCACUACGGAGAAGGAUUACGAGUGCACGGUGCUACCGGGUGCAAUUGGUGCUCCGUACUCAACUUACUCAGGUGCCGGUAUCUUUUCUGGCGCUAUUGCUGGAUCGGAAUCUACGAUUUACAUUCAAGCUGCGGAUAGAACCGGUGGUAUUAUCACAACUGAUAAAAGCACUGAUACUACAGCAUUCACUCUAGAAUUUGAGAUUCUUUCUAAUUCUGGCAUAUCGAAUGCAACUGAUAAGGCAAGCGCAAUCUCUGGCGUUGAGGUUAUCGGGCCGACGUACACUGGUGCUGGUACGUACAUGUUCAAGUACAUUCCGUAUGACCUGGGCUAUCCGUAUUCUAUGUACGCUAAAAUUGCUACUGGUAAUGAUCCGAUCGGCACUUCAGAUGGUCUCUCCGGUGGUGAAACCGUUCAAGUCUACGAUGUUGCCUCGACGCGUGAAUCGAGUGCGGAAAAAUCAGCAGCUUUGUUGGCCAUCGAUUCGGACGGUACUCUUAUGCUGGGUUCGCAGAUUCCAGUUGCAGGUUCAAUUUUCUUUGAAACCGUGGCGGGAGAAGCAAUUGUCUUCUUCAUUCAAGAACGAGACGUGAAUGGAUUAGAUGUCGCUUCGAAUAGUGCCACCGCUCCGUCUGUUCAAGUAUCUUCUGGCUUUGUGCCAACUGCUCCGACUGUUGUUAACGAUGGUUCUGGCAUAUGGAGAGUCACUGUCAAGCCUGAAAAGUCUGGUGAAGUUCCAAUCUUUGUUGCCUUCGAUGGCGUGGAGAUCGCGAACUCUCAAAUGAUUUUGACUGUAAUCCCAGCGGCAACUUCGGCGUUGACGUCGACCAUUGAAGGUACAGGUCUCGAGCCCGAUGAAACGAAUUUGGUUCGUGCAGGCCUUUCGUCAAAAUUUUCCAUCAUCGCUAGAGAUGCUUUUGGAAACUACGCCGAGUACGACGACGUCGCCGGGAACGACGAGUUCCACGUUGAAAUUGCUUCUUCGGUGGAGUCGGAGACUAUCGUUGUUGAGGGUAUCAUCACGAAGAUUGAUGGUAAUGGUUACGAAUACGAAGUUGAAUUCGUUCCGCGUUACGUUGGCACAAACACUGUGAGUGUUUACCUCGGACCUGUUGGAGGUAAGUUGCUUGUUACCACGGCAUCUGUCGAGGUAACGAACGGUGUGGUGAAUGUGCAGGCCACGGAGGCGAGUGUUACAACUGAAGAACUUUCAGGAACCACUGUGAGUGCGGGAGACAGAUUUGAGUUCAGUAUUUACGCCAAAGAUAUAUAUGGCUACGAUCACGCUACUCCAGCGCUCCUAUGGGAUGUUGAAUUGAUUCCCAGCGAUGCUUUGAAAGCAACCGGUGCCACUUCAAGGACUGGCACCGUCACUGGAUACUCUGGAACGAAGGAAAGCGGUGGUUACUCUGUAACGUUCACCUUGUACAAGGAAGGAACCUGGUACUUAUCCUUGACUGAACGAGACGAGUCCGGUGGGUCAAUGGUGUCGUCCAUGUAUGUUCCGAUCACGGUUGUAGGUGGCACUGCGAAUGUGUAUAAAACGACGUUAUCUGGUGGCAUCGCAUCUGGUCUUGUUGCUACUUCUACGGACCGAACGGUUUACAUCACCACGCGAGACGUGUACGGAAACCUUGCAUUUAGCUCUGGAUUGCACCCAUUCAGCGCGGAUGAUGAAUUGAACGACUUUGAGAUUACCAUCGACCUUGAUGAAAUCGUACCCGAAGGUGCGGAGAUUCAAGGAUAUGAAUACACGAAUAACGGCGCUGAGUACGUUUCGCCGGGUGUCUUCAAAUUUACGUAUUCGACAAUUCUGCCGGGCACGUACUACAUCCAAAUAAUUCAAAAGAAAGAAGCGAUUGGUGAUGGUUCAAAUAAAGUCAUCACCGUGAAACCAGUUCCUGCGCCUGUUGUCACGGAAGUGAGAUUUGCAAACUCUUUGUCAACGAUCCAAGUUGUGUUCGAUGUGGAGACAGAUGAGGCUAUGCAAAUAGGCGCAUCUGACUGUUCGAACGUCCUUGCCACAGCCACGAUCAGUCUUUUGGGUACGAACCCAUUGUGUAAGUGGACUAACAUUCCGACCGAUGAUGGCGCUGGCUCGAAAACUCACAAUUAUUUGCAAAUUACGCUCGGAUCGAACCCUACGGUGAAGCCACAAACGUCGCAGAACGCGGCAUCGUUCAUCACCUUGAAGCAACAAACCAUCCGAACGAAGGACAGAAAUUCGUACUUCGCCGUUGCGUCGACGGGUGUCCUUGGACCUCUCAUUUACCCAUCUGUAAAGGCCUCAAUAACUGGUGUGGUCAGUGUUGGUACGUGCACUCCUCUCAACUUUGAUGCGUUGAGAUCGACUGGUGGUGGUGGUAGAGCCCUCACGUACGUUUGGAGAAUUACCAGUACGCAAGAUGUAUCUAAUAUUGAUAUUUGCGAAGUUGACACAGCUAACAAGAUUAAUACUUGCACAGAUAGUCUCUUCGUUCCGUACACGGACCUUGUGCCAGGCGGAACGUACACUGCUGAGUUACAAGUUACGAACUUUUUAGGAACAACGUCAACUGCGACUUUUGAUACGGCAGUCGCUGCUGUUCCUUUGCCCAAGAUUGCAACUCCGGAAGAAGUUACCAUCUACGCUUCGGAUCGCUUGACAAUUAUCUCGUACGUAUCAGCUCCGGACACGUCUUGCAUGGAUUAUCCCGAGAAUUUGAACGCUCUCGAGUAUUAUUGGGAGUUCACAGCGGGAUCCUUGCAAGUUGAAUCUUCUGAUUGGAUUAAUACGCGAGGGACUCCGGAACUUACUCUUCCUCCAAACUCUUUCGAACCUGGAGAAACGUAUGAGUUGUUAGUUACGGCAACUAUUGCUUCUUCCGGCAAUACUGCUCAAGCUAUAACAUCAACAACGAAAGUGAAUGUCGCUUACCGUGAAAUUAUCGUCGAGGAUAGGCUUGGUGGAGAUAGAAUUGUUUCACCAUUUUUGACAAACUCACUCGUUGCGUCUCCGUUUGAUCCUGAAGACUCACGUGAUGAGUCUGGUGUGGCUUAUCCGUGGAGUUACUACUGGUUCUGCACGAAAGCAUGUGAAAUUCCUGAUGGUGAAUCGACGUGCGAACUGGUUGAGAUCGCCGAUGGUGCAGAUUGCUUCACUGAUGCGAGUGCUAUGUUUGCGACUGACACUGACACCAUAUCUAUUCCAGGGAGUGAUCUACUUCAAUAUCUCGGAACGAAUAACAUGUACGAGAUUGGCUGUACCAUCUCGAAAGGAGUUCGCGGUCAGUCAUCGCUCACCGGAAGAACGAAAACAGCAUACGUCACGUGGACGAGUAUCACGUCCGUUUCUGUAACUAUCGGAGACGACGAUGAAGAUUACUUUCAAGGCGAAUGGUCACCAACCAGAGGUGGUACACUCACGUGCGAGUCACCUUCCGCGACUGCGGCUGUCGCCUCGGGCGAAAGUGUCACUUAUCAAUGGGAACUCGUGUCUGGUUCUGUAGGAUUUGCAGGAGGUAGUUUGGAAUCUUUAGUCUCGACUUCUUACGGCGUAGAACCGUCUGAAGCUGUCAAACAAAGCUCAUUGACUCUUGCGCCGAAUACUCUCUUGGCUGGUUCCGAGUACACGUUUAAAUGCACCGUGAUUUUGGAAGCUUCGGGAACUACUGGUGAAGCAAGCCAAACGAUCACAGUUGGAACACCGCCUUCUGGCGGCUUCUUGGAAGUUAGGUAUAAUGAAAUGACUUCGACGAUAUUAUGUCCGUCGGCCAUCGAUGGUUGCGAAUGUGGAGAAGAUUCUUAUAAGUCCGUACCUGCUGCUGAAAAUGUCGUUGACGACGCCACUCAACAGGAAGUCUUGCUUGUGGAUUACGGCUUCGAGGAUGGACAAACCGAAUUUGAGCUUGUUGCAAAACAAUGGUUAGAUGGAACUACUGAUUGUUCUACAUCUUGUUUGUACCAGUUCGCUUACGCCCUCAGAGGUCAAGAAAGCGAAGAAACAGCCAUUUCGGGUAAGGAAACGACGAACACGAAAAUUUCGGGCUUCUCGUUGCCCUCGGCUGGUGAUGGUGUGAACACUGCUGAUAUCAUUUUGAUUGUUUAUGUUUACGAUGAACAAGGAAUGGCAACGAGGUACGCAACAGACUACUACUUGAGAAUCAAUCCUCUUGCAGCUGCAAUUGUUGACGAGGAUACUACUCAGCAAGUUUCCUGUAACUUGGUCAGAAAGUUGACGGAAGAUGCGGAGCAAACUUCCACGGCUGCGAUUUUUGGCGACUCGACCUCGAGCUCGUCCUCAACCCGCAGGCGUAUGUUGGCAGAGAACUGGAGAUCAAUUGCAAUGUCAGGUACCAAAGCUGAACGCAGAGCUAAGUUUGACGCCGAAUCGAUCAAAAUUAUUCAGCGUAUAUCGAACACGGAAAUCACGGAUGCGAAAGACCCGGCUAGGACCGCGAAAGGAAGAAAGGUUCGGGCGUCUGGCCGUAGCUGGUAUGCGGCAUCAUCAGAAGUUGCGCAGACUUUGAUUAACACUGAUUUCAACGCUUACGUCGGAGCGAAAGACACAGCACGUGCUUUAUCAUUUAUCAACGUCUGGGGUAAGACUUGGGGCGUUCCACCGGCUACUAUUAGUGAUCAACCAACUCCGGCACUUGCAUGCAAUUCUGUCGAGACGGAGUUCUUAGCCAUGAAAAAUCAACUCGUUCAAGAGUACUCACCGUUGGAUCUCGCAUCUUCUGUAGACGAUGACUAUCUCGAGAAGUAUAUUUGCUCCAUGAAUACUAUAUUAUGGAAGCCAGGUGAGAUUUCGAACGAAGCGUUUGACGUGUUGUUUAGCUCGGGGGCGACGUCUAAGAUAAAGGGUGCGGUGUUUCAACAUAGACUCUAUGUGGACGGUGCGCUGAAUGUGGACUUGCAGUUAACAGAUGCUGCAAAGGUUUGCGCGGCUGAGUUUUUGAGUAAUAUGUUAGUGCAGGCGUACGUAGGGUGCCAUAACAGUCCAAUUAUCAGAGACCAAGACAAAAUGAACGAUGUUAUUACCGCAACUACGUGGCUUGGACAGGCAAUUGCGGAUACCUUGGUUCCCGGAGAAGACCCGGAAUCUGUUGAAGCGUUCUAUUUCACGGUGACUGGCUUCGCCGGUCAAAGACGUUCCCCAACUCAGAUUCUUAGAAACGAACGUUCGACUGAUUUGAUGUUGACAGUACCGCAAAUAACUAGCGACGUUACUGAUGUGUCGGGUCCGCUAUUAUCCAUGAAUAUUGACAUUGAUGACGAUGGACCAUGCUUUUCCGAGCUCGCUGGAUUUACGUGCGGUAAGAAUGUUACGUCUGAUGACAUCAUUCGCGUCUCGUCGACUGUCUUCACAAAGACAACUUAUUCAUUGAGUGCUAUGGAUACGAUUAAUCCAUUCUCUGCGAAAGUAUUAAUCGACGGUGGUGAGGAGCAAUACGGUUACACGGCUAUAGUUGUACCGCAGUUUGUGAAAUCUGGAAAUGGACAUUUUGCGGAGCAAAUAAAAGCGUUCAACUCUCCUGAUAAAGGUUCCUUGAAUCUCGGCGAGGAUGCUCUCACAGCAAUGAUUGCAUCCACACCUACUGCGAUGUUGGACUACGCAAUUGCCACGGAUAACUUUGCGUACGCUGCUAGAAUCCCCUCCAAUGCGUCUUACUUUGACUUUACGAUGCAUAAGUCAUGGGAUCAAAUUUUUGAUGGUCAAUCGAAAGAUCGAGAAGACUACCAAACCGAAAUUCGACAGUGGCCGUUGGGUGAUGAUGGAUUCGGGGACUUUGUGACGGAAUGGUCAGACUUACCGAGGAAAUGGAGCCCAGAUAACUUCAAUGUUACGGACUCUACUUCCAUAAGAGGAUUCUCUACUUCUUUAUAUUCCGCGCUCACGUUUGGACCGUAUUUUGUGGAGACGGUUUAUUACCCUCCGCCACCGACUAUUUACUCUCCACCGCCGCCUGCGCCUCCGCUCUCCCCCCCGAUGCCAGUCUAUGUGGAAUAUGUCGAGGGUGACUUGGAUAGAUCGGUUGUGAUUGUCCCCUCAAUUGCUGUGUUGACCGUCUUUGCGUGGAUGCUGUGGAUGUUCUUCAAACGCCGACGCAACUUGCAGAUGAUGCACAUUGAUUUCAUCGAUGAGGACUACGAUGGAGCCUUGGAUGAAUUUGAUUCGAGCUCGAGCGAGGACGAUUCAGAUAACGAAGGAUCUGCCAACACUGGAAGCGGCGGUGGUCUCUUUGGAUUUGGUCGUCAAAGACCAGAAGUGCAAGAGAGGUACAACCGCUCUCAACGCAUCAGGGCGCUGGAAGAACGCUUGCAACAAACGCAAUCUCAAUAA